AUGAAGGUUUUAUCAAAACUUCACUUUCUAUCCUUAGCUGCUGCAGCUAUUGCUGGCUCUGUUAACAGCAAUUUAGACUUUCAUUUUACUAAUAAAACUUAUCCAAUUUCAAAUUCUUCUGCUCCAAUACACGAUGAAGAUUGUGAUUUACCAGUAGAAAUCACCAAAACAGAGACAGAAACAACUACUGCUAUUGAAACCAAAACAACUACCGAUAUUGAAACAACUGUUCAAACAACCACUGCCUAUGAAACUGUUACCCAAACUCUAUUUUCUUCAAUUUAUGAGCAUCCUUUAAUUCCUGAUGAUGACGGCGAUGAACAAGAUUCUGAUGAACCAAUUCAUUCAAUGCCCCCUCCUCCACCUGCUCAAUCCCUAGCUCCCGUUGUUCAUUGGAACGUAGACUUAUAUGAUAAAAACAAUCUUCAUCCAGUUGAUUAUGGAUUUUUGUAUUAUUCUUCUAAAAGCACCAACUCUCCAAAUGCUAACCAUACGUUCGGUACUCUUAAUUAUACUUAUAAUUAUCCAAGUGUUAACUUAGAUCACUCUGGCUUUUGCUCUGUAUCCUAUUCUGGAGAUUCAACUGACGGUUCACUAUCCGUUGAUUUUAAUGAUGAUUCUGCUUAUAAAAAAGCUGUUAAUGAGUGGAAUUGUAACAAAGGUUUGAUUUUUGUUACUUACUUAGAAGGCUGUGGCUCUUAUGAUUCUCAAGAUACCUGUUUUUUCAACUCCUCAUCAAUUAAGUUUGAUGAUGACAACCAAAUAGUUACAAUUGGUGGUAAACCCUGUGAUGUUAAAGACUUGGCUUCUUCUGUUGAUUUUGCUUGGGGUGAAUAUACUAUUGAUGAUGAUUCUCAGGGAGCCAGUGGUUUUGGCAAAGAGGAUAGUAGCAGUGAUGCUUUUGCUGCUGCAACCACUGCUUCGGGCUAUUUCGCACCCACUGCUGCUACUAGUUUAUCUGCAAGCACAGCUUCAUCAUCUGACACCUGUGGAACCUAUGAUCCAGUCUAUGGCUUUUUGAUGGGUACUCUUGGUAAUGAGUUUGAUGCUGGUAUUGAUGAUUGUCUUGGUUAUGAGACCAUUGAAGACACAGAGUAUUACAGCUACUUAGAUGAUCUUGGUGUCGACGAUUUGGAUGCUGAUUAUGAGUAUAAAGAAGAAUUAGAUUCAGAAGUUAUUAAUGACGAUGAUUAUUUGGAUUAUUAUGAUGAAGAUGAAGAAACUUUAUUGAAAAAGAGAUCGCAUUUGGGCAAGAGAGGUCUUUUUACCAAAGUCAAAACCAAAAUAAAAAAAGCUUUAGCUAAUGGAAAACAACUCGCUAAACAAGUUGUUUCAGAUCUUAAAAAUAUUAAAACCAUCAUUGUUAAUAAAGUUGCAAAGGCUACUAGUAUCUCAGGUACAUUAUUUGAUAAGCAAAUGACCAUUCAAGUUCCAGCUAAACAAAAGGUUGUCGAAUCUCCAUGGGGUAAUGCAGUUUUACUUAAAUCAAUCAAACCAAAGAAAAACAAAAAGGGAGAAGACAAUGCUAUCAGUGCUGAAUUAAAAUUUUUCUGUGUUGACUGUGGUGCCAAAGGUAGCGCCAGUAUUAAAGGUUCAGGUACUUUCUCGUUUGCUUUAAUCAAAUUUACCGCCGGUACAGUUGCUGCUGACAUGAAUCUAGCAGUUGGGUUGCAACUAGGCAUUGAAGCCAAAAUCGAGUAUGAGAAUUCUUUUGAAGUUUCAUUUGCCAAAAUUGGAUUACCAGGAUUAUCUUAUGGUGUGUUGACUCUUGGACCAAUGAUAACAGUUGGUGCUGAAGUUACAUUUAGUGCUGCUGCCACUGGCACAGUUUUAGGUGGUGGUAAAUUUGUUAUUUCAAACGCAAAGGCUGUUGUUGAUUUGGUCGACUCUUCAAAAUCAUAUGCCUCAGGGUGGACACCAAACUUUGUUCCUGUAUUUAAUGCUACAGGAGAAAUUGAAUUGAAAGUUGGUGCUGGUCUUCCAGUAGGAUUAGCCUUUGGUAUUUCAGUUGGUAGUUAUUCGUUGGAUGUUGCUUUGGUUGACAAACCAUCAGUUGAAUUCAGUGCUAAAGUGUCUGGUGAAAUCAAUCUAGAAGGCGCUAAUAUGACUUCUUCCGAUUCAUGUACUGGUAUUGCUACUGCUAUUAAUUUUAAGAAUGAAGUUUAUGCUAAGUUUGGAAAAGCCAAACAAUAUCAAUUGGUUACUCCAUUUGAAAAAACUCUUAAGGAAGGAUGUCUUUUUGGCAAAAAAGAAGCCACCUCUUCAUCCAGCUCUAUUUCAGCUGCUGCUACUCCUGUUAAAAAGAGAUCAUUGAAAAGACGUGAUGACAAUUCAACUUAUGAUGAUACCACCGAAAUCUAUAAUGCUGAUGCCAAAAACGUUACUGAUUGGGAUUUACCAGUUGCUUCGAAUGACGGUUAUAAUGUUACCACAGGCUAUGAAUAUAUCACUUUGUUGGAUUAUUUUUUGAAUUAUCAAGUGGUGAGUUGUGCAAAUGGUAACUUGUACUUGCAAAACAACACCAAUUACAAGGAGAGUAAUCAAGAGGAUUGUUCUUCAUUGUGGGGAGUUACAGAUGAUAGUGUUGCUGUUGAUGGAUUUUCUCGUAUAUUGCAUUAUUAUAAUGACACGAUGAAUAAAGCUGGUAUUUCAAGAUUAAGAGCUAGUGACCAAGACAAUAUUCCAAACGGAUCAGUAUAUGUUUCACUUACACCAUAUGAUGAUGAAGAUGAUGAGACCAACGACAUUUAUUAUGCUAUUGAUGAUAGUGACAAUGUUUAUUUCCCAGUAGCAUGCUCAUUUACCAACACAUCUUUGCCAGCUAAGCUUUUCUUGGUAGCAAAUGAGACAGAAGGAGUUGAAUUGUUGGAGAGCAACAAGUUCAUUUAUACUAUCACUGGUGGUGAAAUUGAUACAUGUGUUUUCUUACCAGUUGUUAGAGACCCUGAGGAAUCUGGCGAUGAAUGGUACGACACCUUCGAUGAAUAUUUCGAUUACGAAGAUGAAGUUUACUCGGAGUAA